UGCGAAGAUUAGCAGAAGGGUUGAUCCCAAAACAUACUUUACUUUCUCCAGCUGACUAAACAUUCUUCUCCCAUAGCCUCUUUCUUCAAUCUUACUAUAUAAAUAUUGAUCAAUCUUGUUCCUCGCUCAGAGUCAUUCUUUAACCCACUUCUUCCUUCCUUUUGUGUUUGCUCUUUCAAAGUCUGACAAAUGGCAGUGAAUGUCGAUGCAGAGUACCUCAAAGAGAUAGAGAAGACUCGUAGAGACCUUCGAGCUCUCAUCUCUUCAAGAAACUGUGCUCCUAUUAUGCUCCGUCUUGCAUGGCAUGACGCGGGAACAUAUGAUGUCCAGAAGAAAACUGGAGGUCCCAAUGGCUCCAUCAGGUUCAAGGAAGAGCUAAACCGCCCCCAUAACAAAGGUCUCGAGAAAGCAGUCGCCUUCUGCGAGGAAGUAAAAGUAAAGCAUCCAGGAGUCUCUUACGCAGACCUCUAUCAGCUCGCAGGAGUUGUUGCCGUGGAAGUUACAGGUGGCCCUGCAAUCCAUUUUACUCCAGGCCGUAAGGAUGCUGGGUCUCCAGAUGAAGGAGAACUUCCAGAUGCGAAUCAAGGUGCCUCACAUCUAAGAACUCUCUUCUCACGUAUGGGUCUAUCGGAUAAAGACAUUGUAGCUCUCUCUGGGGGCCAUACUUUGGGGCGUGCACAUAAGGAGAGGUCAGAUUUCGAAGGUCCUUGGACAAGAGAUCCUCUAAAGUUUGAUAACUCGUAUUUCGUAGAGCUUCUAAAAGGGGAAACUCCAGAACUCCUGCAACUUAAAACUGACAAGGCUUUACUAAGUGACCCCAAGUUCGAACCUUAUGUGAAGCUGUAUGCCAAGGACGAGGAUGUGUUCUUCAGAGAUUACGCAAUUUCACACAAGAAACUCUCAGAGCUAGGAUUCAAUCCGCCAAGAAAAGCUCCUGCAACAGUGACGCAGCAAGCAGUUGGAAUCGCUGUUGCUGCAGCUGUUGUGCUCUUUACCAUUUGCUACGAAGCAAACAGAAGAGGUAAAUGAGGAGGUUUCACAGAUGCGAUAAAAAAAGGCUAAUAGAAAAAAAGUUAAAAAUGUCAACUGAAUGAAAUGCAAUAAAUAAAAAUGAUUCAUGAGAUGUUGUUUACCUUCACACUCCUUCUCAAGCUUCAUUCCUUUGGAGUUGCU